UUAAGUUUAAGCCUUUAUAGUAUUUUGUUUCCUUUUUAUAAAUGUUCAUUCAAAUAAAGUCAUCUCACCUCUGCCAUGGCAAAGCAAAGUUUUUUUUUUUUGCAAGACCAGAUAUUGCGUAGAAUUUCUGGGAAAAAAGAAAAGAAAAAAUAUUAUAAUACCCAGCAAAGCACCUAUUGAAAGGCCAAAGAAGCUUCUUUUUCCGCUGCGUCAAAAACCAGCCCAGAGGCAAACCAGACGGCUUCUGUCUUUCUCUCUUUCUCUCUUUCUCUCGUCUUACAUUAGUCUUUUUCUUCUUCUUGAUUUCGCUUGUAUAUUUAAGAAAAAAAGUUCUUAAGAGUUUCAAACUUUGAUGUCUACACCUUUAGAACAUGAUUACAUAGGCUUAGCGGAGACUUCUUCAAUGGAAAGAAGCUCUGAGAAGAUUUCUUCUUCUUCUUCUUCUUCUUCUUCUUCUUCAACUCACUCCAUUGAAGACAAAACCAGCAAAACUACCAACAAUACUUCUCUCAAUCUCAAAGAAACUGAGCUGAGGCUUGGUUUACCAGGUUCUCAGUCUCCUGAGAGAAAAGUUUCUCUUUUUGGCAAAGAUUUGGAGAGUAAUGAUAAAAGUAAUGGUUUUGCUGUUAGCCCUUUGAAGAACUUGGUAUCUGGAGCUAAAAGGGGUUUCUCAGAUGCCAUUGAUGGGCCUAGUGGGAAGUGGGUUUUCCCUAUGAAUGGUAUAUCUAAUGUUGAGUUGGCUAAAGGUGCUGUGUUGGCCUCUCCCAGAGGUGGCUUGGAGAGCAAAAGCAAUUCCCAGCAAGCAAGGGUACCUGUACCAGCCAUGAAAGAGGUUGGUGGUGUUCCUCAGUCUCCAAGGCCAGUUCAAGAUAAGAAGAAUCUUGUUCCUCCUGCAAAUGAGCAUGACAGUUCUCCUGCUGCAAAGGCACAGGUAGUAGGAUGGCCGCCAAUUCGAUCAUUCCGGAAGAAUACCAUGGCCUCUAAUCUGGCAAAGAACAGUGAUGAUGCUGCCGAUUGCCUCUAUGUAAAAGUGAGCAUGGACGGAGCACCAUACCUGAGGAAGGUUGACCUCAAGACCUACAAAAACUAUAUGGAACUCUCAUCAGCUUUGGAAAAGAUGUUCAGCUGUUUUACUAUUGGGCAGUGCCGUUCCAACGGCCUUCCAGUGCAAGAUGGUCUCAGUAAGAGUCGUUUGAUGGAUCUUCUCCAUGGGUCUGAGUACGUGCUGACAUAUGAAGACAAGGACGGCGAUUGGAUGCUUGUAGGCGAUGUUCCAUGGGAGAUGUUCACCGAUUCGUGUAGGAAACUAAGGAUAAUGAAAGGUUCCGAGGCAAUUGGACUAGCUCCAAGGGCCAUGGAGAAAUGCAAGAACCAGACUUAAUGCAAAAAAGUCUUCAAAACUCCAGAGCUUUACUCAAAAGAAUUAUAUAUAUGUUUUCAGAUAUCACAAGUUUGAUGUAUUUACUGGAAUUAAAAAAAAAAAAAAAAAAAGGCAGCUUCUAUUAGACAAAAGAUGGCAUUGGAGACAUGUCUAAUUGUUGAAGGUUGUCUGUCUGCUCUUCUUGUUAUCUUUUUCUCCAAUUAUGUAUUUUCAGUACUGUGUAAAUGGAUUGAUUGCCGAUUGCCAA